AUGUCUUCUGUUCCUAGGAUUGUGCGGCGCCACUGGUUUUUCUUUUCGUUGCGGAAGGCAACAGACACGGGCCUCUGUUGUCCCUCUCAAGGAGCUGGAAUCGAGCGCGUGUAUCCUCCGCUUCCUGGCCUUGGGAGGAUGAGGCGGAUUCAGAGGAGAACGUCUCCGCCCGCAAGCACACCGUUGACAACGAGAAAGGCGAGCUUCCGCGCGGGGCAGGGCAAGCAUCAGGGCGCAGCGGUUUCGAGCGCAAUCGCUGGCGAACGAUACAAUCAAGGCGUCACCGUAAACGAGGAUCCUCCGAGGGGAGCAGCGCUGAAGCUACUGCUGUUUGGUAGCCAAGUGCUACAAGUGGGAUCCGCUAAGAUUGGUGGCCCAAGCCUUGUUCUCCAGCCGAAGGAUGCUGCAAACACAGGGAUGGAAGAGAUGGACCAAACGAGAAGGUGCGUAGCGAAAGCACAUGCUACGGAAAGAGGCGCAUAG